AUGGCGAUGAAGGUCGGAGAACUAUCGUCGGAAAAGCUUGCCUCAGCCAAUAACAGUGUGGACUACUUGAUACCUAAUUUGCAUAACCGCCCUAUAAAUGCGGGCACUCAGCAGCGCACGCCAUGCUCUGUUCGAGAGAUUGUUGCUGCGGCUGUGCUGAGAGGAUUCGCUGCCAUGCCUGAACCGGCCAAGUCCGCCCCCGCGCCCAAGAAGGGCUCCAAGAAAGCUGUCACCAAGACGCAGAAAAAAGGAGACAAGAAGCGGCGCAAGAGUCGCAAGGAGAGCUACUCCAUCUACGUGUACAAGGUGCUGAAGCAGGUGCACCCCGACACGGGCAUCUCGUCCAAGGCCAUGGGCAUCAUGAACUCCUUCGUCAACGACAUCUUCGAGCGCAUCGCGGGCGAGGCCUCCCGCCUGGCGCACUACAACAAGCGCUCCACUAUCACGUCGCGGGAGAUCCAGACGGCCGUGCGCCUGCUGCUGCCCGGCGAGCUGGCCAAGCACGCCGUCUCCGAGGGCACCAAGGCUGUCACCAAGUACACCAGCUCCAAGUAGGGCGCCUCGGACCGUCACUCUCAACCCAAAGGCUCUUUUAAGAGCCACCCACCUUCUCAGUAAAAGAGCUCAUGCUGUCACGA